CAGCACUCGGCUCCUCCCGCGGUUGUCCCCGUCCGAGCCGAGCGCCCAUACUACCCGGCGUGCAGCCGGAUCCAAGAUGGAGGAGUCGAGCUGUUGAAGGAUGUUGACAAACGGGAGGGAGAAUCUGGCCUGAGAUCCGGGCGGUGGCGAUGCGAGGAGACUGCAGUCGAUCUGGCUUUGAAUAACUUCAGACCGACAUCAUGAGCAUUGUUCACGACAAAUUAGGUAACGAAUUCCUCAGGAACGGUGGGAUGGAACCAAACUUUUCUUCUGGCAUGAUCAUGUUCAGUCACCUCCCACCAAUCACAAACUUUUCCAGCCUCGCUGCCCAUUCUGUCACACCAUCUGUACCUCAGGAUUUGAUCCUCAAAAAAGAUCCUGACGCUCCAGUAGAAAAAUAUCCGUCAGAAUAUGGGCAGCCCAUCUCAGAUGUUAAAGAGAAAAAGUUCUCUGCGCACGAUGGAUUUUUAUUUUUUAAGAAUAAACUUCUCGAGGAAGAGGAGAUGAACAGGGGACAGAGCAUCUUGACCCACAAUCUAAAUCAUACUGGUCUAUCACAAGUCAGAUAUGAGAAAGAUUACCUCACCGUUCCAAAACAAGGGACUGUUAAGAGGACAAAGAAACAAAACUCCCAAUCUCAGGAUACAAAGCCCAAGCGGAGACGAAGUGAAACGUCCAAGUCUUCAGCAGGUGGAGAUGGUACCAAUCUUUUACAUGGUCCGAAGGUUCACAUAUGUGAGCAUUGCUGUGCCUCCUUCCGUAGUUCUUACCAUCUUCGUCGUCAUGUCCUCAUUCAUACUGGUGAACGGCCAUUCCAAUGUAGCCAGUGUAACAUGUGCUUCAUUCAGAAGUAUCUGCUUCAGAGGCAUGAGAAGAUCCACAGUGGAGAGAAGCCAUUCUGUUGUGAUCAGUGUAAUAUGAGAUUCAUCCAGAAAUAUCACAUGGAAAGACACAAACGGACACACAGUGGAGAAAAGCCUUAUCAGUGCCACACUUGCCAACAGUAUUUUUCCAGAACAGAUAGGUUACUAAAGCACAGGCGUACAUGUGGUGAAAUCCUUGGUAAAAGUGAAAAUGGAAUGGAACCUGGGCCAUCUAGUCAAAUGGGAAAUGGUUGUUUCACCUCAUCUCAGGGAACGAUAGGACCACGCAAAAAAACAAAAUCUAAAGCCACAUCUCAGGAGACUAAGGACAAGGCAGUCCGCAAAAAGAAUAAAUCUAACAUGUCUGAACUGCAAAGCAGCUUAACCAGCUGCAAAGAUAAAUUGUCUGUGUAUAACAUGCAUGAAUAUGCUGUUGAGAUGCCAAUGGGGCCUGCCAUUAUAAAGUUGGGAAAUACAAGUGAAGAGGACUUACAAACAAGAGCACCAAAAUUGGUCAUCAAAAAAGUGAAUCGGAAGAGCCCUCCGAGGACAGGUCUGAACAAUGCUGCACAUCUUGUUAUACCUUCCACAGAGCUGAUGAGACAAAAAUUGAUGGCUAAUAAACAAGGGACUGUGGAUUUGAACAGUAACACCAGCAUGGAUAAUAUUGUCUUGCUGCAGAACACAGGCAAUAAAACAGAACAGGCCAAUAACUGCAAUUAUGAUGAUGCGAUGCAGUUUUUUAAGAAAAAAAGAUACUUGCAAGCUGCCUCCAGUAACAAUGACUAUGCAGUCAGUAUAGGACAAAUGGCAUCACAGCAGUCUGUAAUUCAGGCCGCAGUUGCCAGUGUGAUGGAUAACGAAACCUCGCUUACGCUGUUGGAUUCUUCUCCAAUGAAUGUGGAUGUGAAAGUCUGUCAUGAAAAGUCUGGAAUUCCAGAUGAGGUCCUUCAGAGCCUUCUAGACCAAUAUUCCCACAAACAUGAGCCCCAGCAUGAUGUCCCUUAUGAUAUUGCUGACCAACAUAUGCCAAUCCAUUCUUCAGGAGAGAAUCCAGAAAUGCACGAGGAAGCUGUUUGUCCAGAACCACACCCAUCUCGUAAUGACAAAACAGGAAUGCUCCAAGAAUAUUCAAAGUACCUCCAGCAAGCUUUAGAAAGAACAAGUCAAGGCGAUGGGUUCACACUAACUCCAGGGAUGCAGUUUUGUCCCACUAGUCUUCCAUCUACUCUCCCCAGCCAUAAUUUAUUCCCUGAUAAACAGGCUUACACCACACCUGCACUUGAGUGUGGUUUCAGUCCAUCUAUUACCUCAGUAUUGCCAACCACCUCACCAAAGCCACAUUUUGGUUUGUUGGUUGGAAGUUCCCAACCUGGCAUUCACUUUCCCAGUACAGAAACGGCUCAUCAAAGGCUGACGCCAUCUCAGGAGUUGGUUGGGCAGCUGGAACAACAAAAGAACUUGGAGAGUAGCUUGAAUCAUCAGGUCUAUCAGAUUGAGAAUUUUGCCCAGGCCUUUGGCUCUCAGUUCAAGUCAGGCGGUAGAGUGCCAAUGGCCUUUAACAGCGGCACCAGUGAAGAAGCAGGCCACCGAAUAAGGACUACAGUUUCUGAAUUCUCAGGGUACACUAAUUUGUUGUCUGAUGCUAAUGAGCCAAUUAGCACGGGAGCCAAGACUCCGACCAGCCAAAGUUACAGCUCAGAAUACCAGCCUCCACCAAUUCUUGGUCUUCACCGAUGGGUGUUAUGUUGCCAAAACAUUUGAGCCAUCCAACUGCCAGUCGGGACAUCUCCAGCAAAAGAGAUUUUAACCAGCUUGCCAUGACAUUCAGCAGCUGUACCAUCACUGCUCAUCCCAAGAUGUUGAUAGAAAUUUAACUGGACAAAUUUGUGUUGUGGCACUGCCUUGAUUUGAAGUUGGAAGGGUAAUAAAAGGAAUUGUAGUUCAUUCAGUAUCAGGUCAAAUUUAUUUAUGUAAUAAACUGCAGUAGUAAAUUA